AUGGGGACAUUUACGACCAUCGCACUUCUGGUGCUCUUCAUCUCCUUCAUGACCUUUGUGGCCUUCUUUGGCCGUCUCCCAGCGCUCAGAAACACCCCUAUAGCAUGGCUUCACCGAUUCUUGAUAAUCACAGUGCCAAACCUCCUCCUGACCCUGGACCGGAAGAUUACCUCCGGGCGGCUGUCAUCUUCCAUGCGCCGUUUUGGUAAUUACAUGAUGUACGAUAGGCACCCUACCGUGCUGAUCUUCUUCUUGUCUCUCCUCGUGGGCGGCGAAUACAUGUACCUGCCCACCGUUUGGCCGCAGCUAGGCUGGCUCCAGAAGGUCCUCGCUGUCCCCGCCAUCGCCUGCCCAUACAUCUUCCUGUAUCUCGCAUCAGCUGUAGAUCCAGGCUACAUCACACCCGAGAACCACGUGAAGCAGAUGGCUCACUACCCUUACGACUUCGCGCUGUUUCACCCCGGCUCACACUGCCGGACAUGCCAGCUCCUGAAACCCGCGAGGUCGAAGCACUGCGCCAUCUGCAAGCACUGCAUCGCCAAAGCGGACCACCACUGCAUCUUUAUUAACGGCUGCGUCGGCGAGGGAAACCUGCACUGGUUCAUCCUGCUGCUCUUCAGCACCGCCGUCCUAACCGCCUACGGCACAUACGUCGGCCUGUCCCUGCUCAGCGCAAAGAUGACAACGCGCUACCCGGACUUCUCUAUCUGGCCGCCCUCGGCCAAGGGCUACACCUGGAGCUCGUACUUUGUCGUCUGGACCUGGGGGCUGCAGGAUAACAUUGGAAUGGGCAGCGUGACAAUGUUGACGGCGCUUACGUCGCCACUAGUGUGGGGGCUCUUCCUGUACAACCUGUACAUGGUCUACGCCGGCACCACCACCAACGAGUCCAUGAAAUGGUCGGACUGGAAGCUCGAGAUAGAUGAGGGCUACGCCUUCAAGCGGCGCAUGAGCCAGACGCGCCAGAAGGACCUUCGCUUCGAGCCUGCUUGGACGAGGUGGCCGUCCGAGACGGAGCAGAUCCUGAUCAGGACCGAAAGCGGGAACCCGCCCCGGGCGGACAGCACCAACAUCCCCGGCGUCGGGGAGUGGGAAAAGGCAACGAGUCUGCGAGAAGUGGACAAUCUGUACGAUCUAGGAUUCUGGGAAAAUCUGCGGGAGGUGUUCUGGCCGAGAUACCGCUUCUCGGGUAAUGGGAUACCAGUGAGCGAGCGCGUGGGCAGGAACGGAUUGAAAAGAAUGAAUUCAUAG